AAGCUCGCUCGCUCGCUCGGCUCGACUCGACCGUCUGGCUGACUGUUACUGCUGCCUCUGCUGCUUAUGCCUCUCUCAGUACACGACGACCGUUCGCCGCGUCAGACACACAUUUAGCCGCCGAAAGUAUAUAUCACGCCGCUUCUCUCUCUGUAUAUCCAUUGCAUUGUCGUAUUCACUCGUCCGACUCCCGCACGACGAGCGACGACGACGUUGACGACGGCCCUCUCAGCCUCGCUUCACGUCCUGCGUACCCAACAUACGGAGGAGUCACAGGGACCCAUCCUACCUACUACUACUACUUCAGCGAAUAUUUAAAGUGAGAUCGUGGUGAGAACGUGGUAGUAUACACGUACGAACAAUAUAACGCCGCUGCACACGCGUUUAUAUAUAAUCCAGUAUAUAUAAAAGGCGCGCGCGCGCGAGCCCGAUACGCACGCGGUUGCUGCAAUAUCACCGUCACGCUCGCCCGCUAGCAAGCUCUAGCACGAGAGCUCCGCUGCCAGUGCUCAAAGGAGCUUGCAACACUCGCCUUCGACGAGUAUUCUGCUUUAAGAUACUUCUUUGAGGAUCAAGUAAAAAACCAACGACAGCAACAUGGCAGCAUUUGUGGCGAAACAGAUGGUCGGCAAUAAGCUGAACGCCGUAAAAGGGGCGGUAGGCGGCGAAGGCGGUGACGAAGAUGACAAGGAGAAGGAAGAAGAGGCAGAGAGGGAGAGGCAGGAGGCCAUCCGAGAAGCCGAGGAGCGGCGAAAGGAGAAGCACCGAAAGAUGGAGGAAGAGCGAGAAAAGAUGCGCCAGGAGAUCAGAGACAAGUACAACAUAAAGAAAAAAGAGGAGGUGCAAGAGAUACAGCAAGAGGAGCCGAAUCCGCUUAUGCGCAAGAAAAAGACGCCCGAAGAGCUGGCAGCCGAGGCCGAGGCGGAGGACGAGGACGAAUUGACGAAAUUGAAAAACACGAUAACGACGCAGGUUGAAGAACUGAAAACGCAAAUCGAAGGCAAGUGCAGCCUGCAAUGAGUCCAGCCGCUUGUUCAGCAGCGCUCGUGCAAAACAGCAGCAACAGCAGCAGCAAUAGCAGCAACAGCAGCACCAACAGCAGUAGUUAAAACCUCCUCCUGCCAUCGCCGCAAGCUCACGACAAUGACGACGACGACAUCGCUGAAGAUUAGGUACAUCAGUGUCGGAGCUAAUUAGUUAUAGAAUGCGCGAGAUGAAGUUAAUAGUUAAAAAAAAAUUGAUAUUAAAUAAAUGAACACACCGACACGUUACACAAAAGCACUCGACCCUAUAAUGUAAUAAUUAAUCUAGAGCGACUCUUCAAGAGGAUUAAAUUCAUCUUGCAACAGAGGAGGAGAGACCAUCGAUGCGGCACACGACCCAAACAAGCUUUAUCCAUUUUUGCAGAGACAUGCGGAUCGCUUCGUUCGUCAAAUAAAAUAAUGAAAAAUAAAUUUAAAAAAAAACUCAAGUGCCAUUUCGACAAGUUUAAGCAAAACAAAAACAAGAGAAUAGCGAAGAGUAUUAACGAAGAAACUGAAAAAAAUAGUAAUAAUUUGUGGUAUUUGAGGCAAUGUUAGAAAAAAAAACGUUACAAUAAAUUAGUUGUCACCCAAAUGUUAUUCGAUUAGAAAAAAAAACGACCUGCACUUAUAAAAAAAAUGUUGUUACACCCGCGCGCAGUCGUAGAAAUGCUUUGCUUCGACCGAGGGGAUUAUAACAUUAUUUAAGAACUAACGAAACGACAUCUUGUUAUGAUGACUAAAUCCAUAUGCGACGACAAAGAAAAAACAAAUAAAUGACGAUUAACCAUGUAUAUAUUAUAAAAAAAAAGUAAUUACGCGUUCACACGCUAUAAACAAAUUGUAAUCGCCACCGGCCACGAAGAGACAAACUUCGUUUAUGCCAAAAAAAAGUGAAUGCUGCAAAUUUAUAAAGACAAAAAAUAAUUAGCCAUUAAGUUUCUAUAGUGAUGGAGGAUAAUGAACAUUUUAGAAGAAAACGAACAGGUGCGCAACACACAGUAACGAAGCUAUUAUGAUAACGUAUUAUACAUAGUUGCUAGGUGCGAAUCGAAUUAUAAAUAUUAUUACACGGGAGGAAGAGAAGACGUCACAUUAGCGUUAAAUAAAAAAGUGUGAUAGCUGUUUCGGUAAUAUAAUAUAUUUCAAGCAUUAUCAGUAACUAACGAAAAGAGAUGAAAUCAGCAAGUGAAUGCAAAUUGUUCUUUUCAACUUGUGUGUUUGUGUUUUACUUGUAUAUACAUAAGUUACAUAAAAACCAGACUACGUGUGUCAGUAACUUUUAUUUUUCCCCCUACAAAUGUGGUUCGUUGUUCUUACAAUUAUGACUGUAAGUAUUAUUGCUAUUAUAAAAAAAAAAGAAAAAAAAAAGAUAAACGGAUUUAACCCACUGUGAGAUAAA